AUGCCCGGCUUCGACUUCUCAAACUACAACCGCAAUGCGGCCCUCCACGCCCGAGGUGUCCCCCUCCCCAAGGCGACGAGCACAGGUACCACCAUCGUAGGAUGCAUAUUCGACGGCGGUGUUGUGAUUGCCGCCGAUACAAGAGCAACUUCCGGUCCCAUCGUCGCCGACAAGAACUGCGAAAAGCUGCACUACAUCGCUCCCCAGAUUUGGUGUGCAGGAGCCGGUACCGCCGCCGACACCGAGUUCACCACGGCAAUCAUAUCCUCCAACCUCGAGCUCCACGCCCUCUCCACGGGCCGCAAGCCCCGCGUCGUCACCUGCAUGACCAUGCUCAAGCAGCACCUCUUCCAGUACCAGGGCCACAUUGGUGCCUACCUCGUCGUCGCCGGCGUCGACCCCACGGGAACCCACCUCUUCACCGUCCACGCCCACGGUUCCACCGACAAGCUCCCCUACGUCACCAUGGGCUCCGGCUCCCUGGCCGCCAUGUCCGUCUUCGAGACCCAGUGGAAGCCGUCCCUGACCCAGGACGAGGCCGUCAAGCUCGCCAGCGAUGCCAUCCAGGCCGGUAUCUUUAACGAUCUCGGCUCCGGAAGCAACGUCGACGUCGCCAUCAUCACAAAGGACAAGACCACCCUCAAGCGCGGCUUCGUCAAGCCCAACGAGCGUAGCGCUAAGCUCAAGAGCUACGCCUUCCAGAAGGGCACCACGGCCGUGCUCAACGAGAAGAUUAUCAAGAAGAACGAGAUUGGCCGCUACGUGAGCGUAACGGAGGUGCCGGCCGGUGAAGCGAUGGAGGUUGAUACCUAG